GCAUUCUUCUACCUGUUCUUCAAUACCUUCUAUCAUUAUCAACCAUCUUACUGCUGUACCGAUCUCGAGAUUACGACUGAGCCUUGCUACAAUGAAGCUUUCCAGUGCAUUCCGCAUUCCCCAUUCAUCCAUUUGCUCUAUGAGAACUUUGAUACUAUUGUCAUGCUAUUGCACUACUGGCAUGGCGACGACUGUCUCAAAGGAUAGCUCGAGCGAAGGCAUCAACCUAGUCACAUUCCUAGAAGGAAAGCCACAACAACAUGAUGCAAUCUAUACAGGAGCAAUUCAAAUCCUCGAGUCAAUGAAGACGUCUCCUUCCUGCAAUCGAAUGGCAGCGUCCAAGUUGGUCAUGUCAUGCCAAUCUCUAGGAGACAAGUCUGGUGAUACCCCAGACUCCGAGACAUAUGUUACCUUAGAGCGUGUGCGCUCCUUGUAUGCAGCAAGACUGGCUAUCUGUGAACUGGACGGGGCUGGGGCAUCUGUCCCCCGUCCAUGCAUUCCAAUCACUGUGUCGGCGCCGCCUAAGAAACGCAUAUUCGGUAUUUCCGCCAGAAGCAAACCGCCCCUUAGUCCCGUGGACCAGGAGUCAGCAGCCCUCCUGGAAGGCUGUCUGAAGACUCUGGAAUCACGUCCCCAAUGGUGGACGUCAUAUAGCAACAACAGGCAAAAUGCAGUAGUUAUAUGCCAAGCGGCCAGAAUCGAGGGUGAGAAAGAAGAGCUUUUGGAGCUUUAUAGAUCUAUAGUCGAAAGCUCCUCAAAACUGAACGAUGGUCUGCAAGACGCUCUGCGGGCAGCUACAGCGCAGUCUUCUCAGUAUAGAGCAUUUAUGGACACGACGGAAGCCAUGCAGGUGAGGCUGCGCCAUGAAAUGAGAGAAACAGAGUCGCACUUCAAAAGCUUCUUAGCAAGCAUCUUCCAGGGAAUCGAAGCCAGUACUCAUUCCGCAGUUAUUGCGCUUACUUCAGCCAUCGAAAACUUCCAAACGGGUGCUUUGACGGUUGAGAAGGGUAUCCAAAAUAUAUCACGCGAAGCUGAUGGGUUACAAUAUAUCAUACGAGCAAUUCAUGAUGAAGUUCUCGCUCGACAUGAGGAAAUGACAAUGGCUCGUCGACGGGAGGCCCAAGCACACAACGAUCUUGCUACAACUAUCCACGGCGAGCUAGAGACAAUAUUACAAAACGAAGUGGUCAAAAUCUCUCACGGCCUCGGAACAUUCGAUGCUUCUCUGCAAUGGCUGGCUGCGAGGCUAGAGAAUGUAUUGCAGCAAGAGCUGAGUAUAUCUGAGCGGCUACGGAGUUUUGAAACAUCUCUCGAGCAAUCUCGUUUGAAAGCAGAAGACCUUCAAAAAGCGCAGGUCCGACAGUUCAACACCACAAAGGCGCAAUUAAAACUGCAGGAUAGUCUACACAUGCAGCUGCAGGUAUCGCACGCUUUGCUCGGCCAAACAGCUGCCGCUGCUGCGAAUUUACAGGCCAUGAUCGAUGAAGCAGCAGCUCAAUAUAAGGGAUUUCCUGGCUUAGUGGGACUUCCCUGGCAAUACUCCACAUGGAUGGCAUGCGGCAUGCUUUUUAUCUUUGUAAUGAUGCAAUGCCCAGCUUUCACUGUCGCGUUGCUUGCUUUGGGGAUCGCCCUGUUCAUUAUUUGGAAAAUAAUAUGAUCUCACGACCAACUCGCGGCGAGAUCUAUCAUUACUCAAAAUAUUCUUACAGUUCCGCUUCGAAGCCGGAUUUGAUUUAUUGACUUAUUGAUCUAACGAUUUAUGAUUUAUGAUUUAUGAUUCAUCAUUCUUUUUGCUUUUCUUUUCCAUGCUUUUUUCAGUUACUCAUGCGAGAGAUACUAGUGUCCACGGCGCUAGUCAU